AUGGAGCGACGGUGCUGGACUGCUAUAAAAUCACGGUCCAGCAGGAUCCGCCCCCCGACUAGAUUGCGGUUUCCCCUCAGGCCGACGACACAGCUUCGACACUCGCCCAACAAAAUGGUUCUCCCCCACCACACCCCCUACGUUACCCCCCACAUCCUCCACAAGAACUAUGCCCAGUCCCACGACAGCGAACAGUACUCAAACUUGAUUGGUCGGGACCUGGAAUACUUCUCGCAGGCCGGCUUCGACAUGGAUCGCAUCCAGAUCAAGCGUAACGCGCCUGUCGCCCUGCUUUACGAGGAUGCCAUCCGCAAUGAGGGGGCCAUCAUCUCUUCUUCUGGUGCCCUCAUCAACUUCUCCGGAAAGAAGACUGGUCGCAGUCCAAAGGACAAGCGCAUUGUCUACGAGGACACCAGUAAAGAUGACAUCUGGUGGGGUUCCGUCAACAUCAAGAUGGACGAACACACCUUCGAGAUCAACCGAGAGCGUGCCAUCGAUUAUCUUAAUACUCGCGAUAAUGUCUACGUUUUCGAUGGUUAUGCUGGCUGGGAUCCCAAAUACCGUAUCAAAGUUCGCGUGAUCUGUGCACGAGCUUACCAUGCCUUGUUCAUGCACAACAUGCUUAUUCGACCGACGGAGGAACAACUUGCCAACUUCGGCGAGCCCGAUUUCAUCAUCUACAACGCUGGCCAGUUCCCUGCCAACCGCUUCACCAAGGGCAUGAGCUCAACGACUUCCGUCGAGAUCAACUUCAAGCGCAUGGAGAUGGUUAUCCUCGGAACUGAGUAUGCUGGCGAGAUGAAGAAGGGUGUCUUCUCUGUGAUGCACUACCUCCAACCCGUCAAGUUCGGCCAAUUGUCUCUCCACUCAUCUGCCAAUGUUGGCAUCAAUGAGGGAGAUGUCACACUCUUUUUCGGUCUCUCUGGAACCGGCAAGACCACACUCUCUGCUGACCCCAACCGUCUUCUCAUCGGAGACGACGAACACGUCUGGUCCGACACUGGUGUCUUCAAUAUCGAGGGUGGAUGCUACGCCAAGUGCAUCAACCUGUCCGCCGAGAAGGAGCCUGAUAUUUUCAACGCCAUCAAGUACGGCAGCAUCCUCGAGAACGUCGUCUACAACCCAAUUAGCCGUGUACCCGACUACGACGACGUGAGCAUCACCGAAAAUACUCGAUGCGCCUACCCUAUCGAGUACAUCCCCAAUGCACAAAUCCCCUGCAUUGUCGAGCGCCAACCCACCAACAUUAUCAUGUUGACUUGCGAUGCCUUUGGUGUUCUUCCUCCUGUCAGCAAGCUCACUCCCGAGCAGGCCAGCUACCACUUCCUGGCUGGUUAUACCUCCAAAACUCCUGGCACAGAAGAUGGUGUUCUCGAGCCCAUCCCCACUUUCUCUACAUGUUACAGCGCCCCCUUCAUCGUCCUCCACCCCGGACGCUACGCCGAGAUGCUUGCUGAGCGCAUGGCCAAGCACAAGGUCAACUGCUGGCUCAUCAACACUGGCUGGACUGGCGGCAAGUUCGGCUCUGGCAAACGUUGCCCGCUCAAGUACACCCGCCGCAUUGUCGACGCCGUUCACUCCGGCGAGCUCGCCAAGGCUGAAUACGAGUCUUUCGGCACCUUCAACUUGUCGAUUCCCACCGCCCUCGAGGGCGUUCCCCGCGAGCUUCUCAACCCCUCGCUUGCCUGGUCCGACAAAGAGGCCUUCCAGAAGGAGGUCAGAAAACUCGCGGGCAUGUUCACCAAGGCCUUCGCCUUGUACGAGAAGGACGUUGACGAGAAGGUCCGCCUCGCUGGCCCCCAUGCCUAA